UUGACCAAUUUGGUUGUUUAAAAAAAAAAAAAAAGCAUAUGACUGGAAGCCUUGGAUUCUACUACCAGCCUUGCCAUUUGGUACAUCUAUAACCUUGAGUGCAAAAAAGCUUUAAACAAGUAAAAUCUAGACAACAGGCUCCCUGAAGUAUUGACAGCCCAACUUAAUCAUGACCGUGAUUCAAAAAUGUUAAUAAAUAAACCAAGACCAUGGGGAAUUCAUAUGCUGGGCAACUGAAAUCUGCUCAAUUUGAGGAAGCUCUCCACAACUCCAUAGAAGCCUCUCUCAGAUGUAGUAGUGUGGUUCCACGGCCAAUUUUUUCCCAGCUGUACCUGGACCCUGACCAGCAUCCUUUCUCAUCUGCAGAUGUAAAACCCAAGGUGGAGGAUCUGGAUAAAGAUUUGGUACACCGCUACACUCAAAAUGGAAGCCUGGAUUUUUCUAACAAUCUAACAGUUAAUGAAAUGGAAGAUGACGAAGAUGAUGAAGAAAUGUCUGAUUCAAAUAGCCCACCAAUUCCCUAUUCACAAAAACCUGCCCCAGAAGGGUCUUGCACUACAGAUGGUUUUUGUCAAGCAGGAAAGGAUUUGCGUUUGGUAUCUCUUUGUAUGGAACAAAUCGACAUCCCAGCAGGAUUCCUCCUAGUAGGGGCCAAGUCUCCCAAUCUGCCUGAACACAUCCUCGUGUGUGCUGUAGACAAGCGAUUUCUACCAGAUGAUCAUGGGAAAAAUGCACUUUUAGGGUUUUCUGGAAACUGUAUCGGCUGUGGAGAAAGAGGAUUUCGGUAUUUCACAGAAUUUUCCAACCAUAUUAACUUGAAGCUCACCACCCAGCCAAAGAAGCAGAAGCACUUAAAGUACUACCUAGUCAGAAGCUCCCAGGGUGUACUGUCGAAGGGACCUCUUAUCUGCUGGAAAGAAUGUAGAAGCCGACAAUCCUCUGCCACUUGCCACUCUAUGAAACCAAACUCUUCAGUAUCAUCAACUGUGACACCAGAAAAUGGCACAACUAAUGGAUACAAGUCAGGAUUCAUUCAGACAGAUUCACCGAUUCUCAGUCCAGCUAAUUCUGCAAUCAAUUUAAGUGGAGCUCAGGACCUGACCCGGAAUAAGAAUGUUGUGAAGCCACUGGCUUUAUCUUUGCAGGUUGUAGGGAAGACUUUUGCUGCAGAUGCUGCUAAUGGAAACAGUAGCCAUGGAGGGAAGAGCAGUGCCUCCAGCUCUACUCCAGCCCGCCCAGGAAAUUACUCAUUAUCACCAAGACCUAGCUAUGCAUCAGGAGACCAAGCUACCAUGUUUAUUUCUGGGCCACCAAAGAAACGACACCGGGGAUGGUAUCCUGGGUCACCUGUCCCCCAACCUGGUUUAGUUGUACCUGUUCCUACAGUUCGCCCUCUUUCAAGAAGUGAGUCCCUUUUAUCUGCCCCAGUUCCACAGACCCCAUUAACUGGAAUUUUACAACCUCGACCCAUUCCUGCAGGGGAAACUGUAAUUGUUCCUGAAAACCUGCUGACUAACUCAGGAGUUAGACCAGUAAUUCUGAUAGGCUAUGGCACUUUACCCUAUUUCUAUGGAAAUGUUGGUGACAUUGUUGUGAGUCCUCUGCUGGUGAAUUGCUACAAGAUUCCACAGUUGGAAAACAAAGAUUUGGAACAUUUAGGGUUGACUGGCAGCCAGCUCCUGAGUGUGGAAAACAUGAUUCUUCUGACGAUACAGUAUCUUGUGCGACUGGGUCCUGAUCAGAUACCUCUCAGGGAAGAAUUUGAGCAAAUCAUGCUGAAAGCUAUGCAAGAAUUUACUCUGAGAGAGAGAGCCCUGCAGAUGGGUGCUCAGUGUGCACCUGUGUCUCCAGGACAGCUCCCCUGGCUGGCUAGACUAAUUGCCAGCGUAUCUCAAGACUUGGUUCAUGUGAUUGUGACCCAGAACUCUUUGGCAGAGGGCAUUUCAGAGACGUUGAGGACUCUCAGUGAAAUGAGACACUAUCAAAGACUACCAGAUUAUGUCGUGGCAAUUUGUGCAUCGAAAAUCAGAGGAAAUGAAUUUUGUGUGGUAGUACUAGGUCAGCAUCAGUCCAGAGCUCUGGCAGAGAGUAUGCUCACCACAAGUGAGUUUUUGAAAGAAAUUAGUUAUGAGCUCAUCACAGGAAAGGUCAGUUUCCUGGCAUCGCAUUUCAAAACCACAUCAUUAGGCGAUGACCUGGACAAGCUUCUAGACAAAAUGCAACAAAGAAGAGGAGAGAGUGUGGUUACGCCCUUCAACGGAGACCUUCACGAAUGUGUGUCAGCUCAGGAGGCUGCCACUAUGAUUCCCACACAAAACCUGGAUUUAGAUAUUGAAACCUUCCAAAUUUAUCAACCACAGCUAACGGUUGCCAGAAAACUCUUAUCCCAAGUGUGUGCUAUAGCAGACAGUGGCAGCCAGAGCCUGGACCUCGGCCACUUCAGCAAAGUGGACUUCAUCAUCAUUGUCCCAAGAUCGGAAGUUCUGGUCCAGCAAACUCUUCAACGGAUUCGACAAUCAGGUGUCCUUGUAGACUUGGGUCUGGAGGAAAAUGGGACAGCUUAUCAAAGAGCAGAGAAAUAUGUUGUUCGUCUAGACAAUGAGAUUCAAACCAAGUUUGAAGUUUUUAUGAGAAGGGUAAAACAGAACCCGUACACACUGUUUGUGCUAGUUCAUGACAACUCCCAUGUGGAACUAACGAGUGUCAUUUCGGGCUCUUUGUCACAUGGUGAACCUAGUCAUGGAUUGGCUGAUAGAGUCAUUAACUGCAGAGAAGUUCUGGAAGCUUUCAACCUGCUGGUGCUCCAGGUUAGCUCAUUCCCAUACACACUACAGACACAACAGUCUCGUAUCAGCUCCAGCAAUGAGGUUCACUGGAUACAGCUGGACAACAUGGAGGACAUGAGCUGUGAGGAGAAGUUGUACUUUGGCCUGAAUGAAUACAGUAAGUCUCUACAGUGGGGAAUCACAAGUCCACUUUUGAGAUGUGAUGAGACUUUUGAAAAAAUGGUGAACACACUCUUGGAAAGGUACCCCAGGCUACACAGCAUGGUCGUCCGCUGCUACCUUCUCAUCCAGCAGUACUCAGAGGCUCUGAUGGCCCUCACCACCAUGGCGUCACUCCGAGACCACAGCACACCAGAAACACUCAGCAUUAUGGAUGACCUCAUCAGCUCCCCAGGAAAAACCAGAAGUGGGCGGGGACACAUGCUCAUUAUCAGGGUGCCCUCUGUGCAGCUGGCGAUGUUAGCCAAGGAGCGGCUGCAGGAGGUGCGCGACAAGCUGGGGCUGCAGUACCGCUUUGAGAUCAUCCUUGGGAACCCUGCCUCUGAACUCAGUGUUGCAACUCACUUUGUGGCACGAUUAAAGACCUGGAGAGGAAAUGAACCAGAAGAGUGGACCCCUCGGACAUACCAAGAUUUAGAAGGUCUGCCUUGUAUUGUGAUACUAACUGGCAAAGAUCCUCUUGGAGAAACCUUUCCCAGGUCUUUGAAGUACUGUGACCUCCGGCUCAUCGACUCAAGCUAUUUAACUCGCACAGCCUUGGAGCAGGAGGUGGGUCUGGCCUGCUGCUAUGUCUCCAAAGAGGUCAUCCGAGGGCCUGCUGUUGCCCUGGACCUCAGUGGGAAGGAGCAGGAGAGAGCUACCAUCAGUGAGAACGACUCUGAUGAGUUGCUGAUCGACCUGGAGAGGCCACAGAGCAACAGUAGUGCUGUCACUGGAACCUCAGGCUCCAUCAUGGAGAACGGGGUGAGCUCUUCCAGCGCGGCUGAUAGGUCCCAGAAGCUGUCGCUGACCCCCAGCUUCCAGAGCCCGGCCAACAGCAUGGGCCUGGAUGAAGGGGUCUCCGCAGGCACAGGGGGAGCCGGGGAGACCCUGAAGCAGGAGUGUGAUUCCCUGGGCCCCCAGAUGGCCAGCAGCACCACCUCCAAGCCGUCGUCGUCGUCGUCCUCCUCCUCCUCGGGACCCCGGGCCGUGUCGUGGCCCGGGCAGCUGCCCCAAGGCUGCAGGGGCCUGCACGCCGCCCUGCCCCCCAUCGUGAUCUUAUCGAAAGCGGCCUAUAGCCUGCUGGGCUCGCAGCGGGGAGGCAAGCCGCCCGCGUCCUCCUCGCUGCUGCCACACGCCGACGUGGCCUGGGUGAGCUCCCUGCGGCCGCUGCUACACAAGGACAUGAGCAGCGAGGAGCAGUCCCUCUACUACCGGCAGUGGACCUCAGCUCGUCAGCACCACGCCGACUUCAGCAACCAGCCAGACCCCGCCUCCGGCGCCCGCGCCUGCCACCCUCGGCGGCUGCUGCUGACUGGGCCCCCCCAGGUGGGAAAGACGGGCUCCUAUUUGCAGUUCCUUAGGAUCCUCUUCCGCAUGCUCAUCAGGCUCCUGGAGGUGGAUGUGUAUGAUGAGGGAGAGAUCAACACGGACCACAGUGAAUGCAGUGGAGUCAGCCAGGCAGAGGGAGAGCCCUGGCCUGACAUCGAGAGCUUCAGUAAAAUGCCCUUUGACGUCAGCGUGCAUGAUCCCAAGUACAGUUUGAUGAGCCUGGUAUAUACUGAGAAGCUGGCAGGGGUCAAACAAGAAGCAAUAAAGGAUUCCAAAGUUGAGGAGCCCAGGAAGCGAGGAACCGUGUCCAUGAUGCUGACCAAAUACGCGGCCUACAACACCUUCCACCACUGUGAGCAAUGUCACCAGUACAUGGACUGCACCUCUGCCUCCCAGAUGUCUGACUCCACCCUUCAUGCAUUCACAUUCUCAUCCUCUAUGCUGGGAGAAGAGGUGCAGCUCUAUUUCAUCAUUCCCAAAUCCAAAGAGAGUCAUUUUGUCUUCAGCAAGCAGGGUAAACACCUGGAGAGCAUGCGGCUGCCCCUGGUUUCAGACAAGCAGAAUUUGAAUGCAGUCAAGAGCCCUAUUUUCACUCCUUCCAGUGGUCGCCAUGAGCAUGGACUCCUAAACCUUUUUCACGCCAUGGAGGGCAUCAGCCACCUGCAUCUUCUGGUGGUCAAAGAAUAUGAGAUGCCGCUGUACCGCAAGUACUGGCCCAACCACAUCAUGCUGGUGCUUCCUGGCAUGUUCAAUAAUGCAGGCGUGGGUGCUGCCAGGUUUCUCAUUAAGGAGCUGUCCUACCACAAUCUGGAACUGGAGAGGAACCGCCUGGAAGAACUGGGAGUUAAACGCCAGUGUGUCUGGCCUUUUAUCGUUGUGAUGGACGACUCGUGUGUUCUAUGGAACAUUCACAGUGUUCAGGAUCAGACCAGCCAGCCCAUGGAAGCAGGAGUUUCCAGUAAGAAUGUGUCCUUGAAGAGCGUCUUGCAGCAUAUUGAAGCAACACCAAAAAUCAUCCACUACGCAAUCCUUGGCAUACAGAAAUGGAGCAGCAAGCUGACUUCUCAGAGCCUGAAAGCCCCAUUCUCUAGGUGCCAUGUGCAUGACUUCAUUCUCCUUAACAUAGACUUGACUCAGAAUGUGCAGUAUGACUUCAACAGGUAUUUCUGUGAAGAUGUUGACUUUAACCUGAGAACAAACAGUAGUGGCCUGCUCAUCUGCCGCUUUAAUAACUUCAGUCUCAUGAAGAAACAUGUUCAGGUUGGAGGGCAAAGGGACUUUAUCAUUAAACCAAAGAUUAUGGUGUCAGAGAGCUUAGCACCCAUCUUGCCCCUUCAGUAUGUCUGUGCUCCCGACAGUGAACACACACUACUGGCAGCCCCUGCGCAGUUUCUCCUGGAGAAGUUCCUUCAGCAUGCUUCCUACAAACUCUUCCCCAAAGCCAUCCAUAACUUCAAGAGUCCUGUGUUGGCCAUUGACUGCUACCUUAACAUUGGACCAGAGGUGGCCAUAUGCUACAUCAGCUCCAGACCCCACUCCAGCAAUGUCAACUGUGAAGGGGUGUUUUUCAGUGGACUUCUCUUGUACCUCUGUGACUCUUUUGUAGGUGCUGAUCUUCUGAAGAAAUUUAAGUUUCUAAAAGGUGCUACCCUGUGUGUCAUCUGCCAAGACAGAAGCUCCUUACGCCAAACAAUUGUCCGCUUAGAGCUGGAGGAUGAGUGGCAGUUCCGCCUCCGAGACGAGUUUCAAACUGCUAACAGCAGUGAUGACAAGCCCCUCUACUUUCUUACUGGCCGCCACGUAUGACCUUUCGGAGACACCAAAAAUAGCAAAGGGAUGCCUAGGUGGGGUGGGGCAGAAACAUUUAUUUGGGAUUUUUUUUCCUUUAAAGUACAAUCACUGUGGAGCAAAGUGCAACAUAUUUGUUCUCCAAAGAAAUCCGCCCCUCCAACCCCAAUCUGAGGCAGGUCUCUGAGGUAUCACUCUCUUUCAGUUCCACUUUUGGGACCUUCAAUUCAGGUUAACUCCACCCUAGGCAGUUAUGCAAUUACUUAAGACAUGGUCUGCCAUGGGAGCCUGAGGAGGGUGUACUUUGGAGAAAUAACGUGGAGUUUGCAUUGUUUUUUUCUACUAUACUGUGUUAGGGGGAAAACGGACUCUCAGCAUUAGCUAGCCUGAAUGUGUUACAUGAGACUCACACCACUGGUGUGGAAUUAAAUGAAGAUUAACGUUUGAGGCCUGAACCCUCAGUUUCUCUUCAGAUCUGUACUUUGGUACAGUACUACU